ACUUUCCUUUACUCACUGUCAGAAUAACAAGAACUUUUGCACACGUUAUAAUAGGUGUUUCAGUCGUAAUUGCAGUCUUAGUUGGAUGUGUCGGAGCUGCUGGAGUUUCUGUUGUUAGUCUUGUGUGCUGGGGAUUUUAUAACAUUCUUGUUUUUGGCCUUGGACUGAAACUUGAGCGCUCAGCUGAAAACAUUGGCUCGCCUACGCUGCCCAGACAUCAACAAAGGGACGACACAGUGGCACCUCUGUCGACGACGACCAGGAAUGAAGAAAUCGAGCGUCAGAACAAUCCUACCACUCAAAGUUAACACUACGUUGUUUACCUUUCUUAUUAUUAUUACUGUUAUUAAAAAUCGCAAUUGAAUACGAUUAUUUCAUUUCUUUUCA